UUGUCUUCCAGCUUCUUUCACCUGACUGCUGAACCAUCUGAUUCUCAUUACCAGAUGCAUAUGUAUGUGGCGUUGCAGAGGAGCGCAGAGCAGAGGGCGCCCCACUGUAGCAGGAGAGACUUCCCCAGUAGGGGGCGUAGCCCAUAGGUCUCGGAGAGCCGUACGCAACGUCAGGGGCAGGAACAACUCUCGCCCCGCCCCUGCCAUCUGAGGCGCCCUAUGAUUGGAGGGAGGAGCCAUCACUUGGCAGUGCCGUUGUGGUGGGAGGAAGAAGGCUUCGGCCGAAGGUGACGCUGAGGCGACGGAGGUGCGGAGAGCAGAGUGGGCCGUGAGUGAGAGUGAGCCACGGCAGCACUUCAGGCGCUCUCCCCCACCUCUCUGCGGUGAAUGGCGGCGGGAUGGAGCACGAGGGGAGCGGCGACAGCGGGGGGUCGGCCGGGCUCCUGCAGCAGAUCCUCAGCCUGAAGCUCGUGCCGCGCGUGGGCAACGGGACCUUGUGCCCUAACUCCACUUCUCUCUGCUCCUUCCCAGAGAUGUGGUAUGGUGUGUUCCUGUGGGCACUGGUGUCCUCUCUCUUCUUCCAUGUCCCUGCUGGAUUACUGGCCCUCUUCACCCUCAGACAUCACAAAUAUGGUAGGUUCAUGUCUGUAAGCAUCCUGGUGAUGGGCAUCGUGGGACCAAUUACUGCUGGAAUCUUGACAAGUGCAGCAAUUGCUGGAGUGUACCGAGCAGCAGGAAAGGAAAUGAUUCCAUUUGAAGCCCUCACCUUGGGCACCGGACAGACGUUUUGUGUAGUGGUGGUCUCCUUUUUACGGAUUUUAGCUACUCUAUAGCACAUACCCUUGUGCUAUGAUGGUGAACGUACGUUUCAUAGAAUCCUCAAAAAGAAUACAGUAUGGAAUGUGUUUUCUUAGUUCUUCAAACGGGAAGCAACUUGGAUGAAAAGGUAUAUGAAGAACAACGCUUUCUUCAAUUUGAAGCUCCAGGAAUUAAAGAUCUUUUUGGACUCACUGUUCUCAACCAAAACAAAUCAAAUUUCUUUUCUUUCUUUCUUUUUUUUACAUAUUUAAUUCAGGCAGUUUUACGGGUGCACCUUUACGCAAGCCAGGUCAGCAGUGCCUCUGGGUUGGCAUCCUUCACACUGAAAUUUAUAAUGU